GUGAGUCCACAGCAACCCCUUCCCAUCCUGACCACCGAGGACUACCAGGCCACCGCAAUGUCCCACUCCAGGCUGCUGCUCCUCCUUGCCUUGCUUUGUGCCACCGAGACCAGCCGUGCUCUCCGUCUCUACAACCCUGCAUCCAUCUUCAGCUGCCUCAACACGGCCCUCACCGAAGGCCAGAAGAGCCUCCCAGAGGAAAACACCAUCUUGGACAAGCGCAGCUUUGAGUCCCCAUCACUGGAAGAGGGGUCCGAGGAGCAGGAAGGGGAUGACGUGGCAGAGGAAGAGAUAGGGAAAAGGACGUUCCCAGGGGAAGGCCAUUACAAAUACGUGUCCCAAGCACAGGUGAAGGGGAAGACGUACCAAAACCGAGCCAAGACCGACCGCCGCACCAAGGUCACCCUCUCCCUCGACGUCCCCACCAACAUCAUGAACAUCCUCUUCAACAUCGCCAAAGCCAAGAACUUGCGGGCAAAGGCGGCUGCCAAUGCCCACCUCAUGGCCCAGAUCGGGAGGAGGAAGUGA